AAAAAAAUUUUUUUGAUAAAUGAAUUAUUGAUAAAACACAAAUUAAUGAGUCAAUAUUAAAUUAUUUAUUUAUAAUUUACAACUGGUGCAACAAAGAGUGUUUAUAAUUAAAAAAAAAAAAACAAAUCCACUUGAAGUAAUAAGGUGUUGAAAAAAAAAAACAAAAAAAAAUCACAUUCAAGUGUUUUAAACAAGAUAAAUAAAAAAAUAAAGUGUUGAUUUUUAAUUGAAAAAAAAAAAUUAUUUAUUAUUAUUUAUUGAUAAUAUAAUUCUGCUCAAAUUGUGAAUAUUAAAAAUAAAGGCUGAUGACCACAUUGAGUGUGUUGAUGAAUCACAGUGACAAAUAGAAACAAAAAAAAAAAAAAUGUUGAAAGAACCAAAUUCCAGUGUAUCAUCAGAAUCAUCAUUGAAUGAUAAAUUAAAUAUUGAAAAAUUAAAUAUAUCAACAGUUGAUGAUGAUUUAAGUAUUGAAACAUCAUCAUCAUCAUCAAAUGUACUUAAUAUUUACCUAGAAAAUCAAAAUAUAUGUAAUUGGGAAGAAAAUUAUGAAACACAAAGUUCAAUUGAAAGUCUUGGUAGUCCAGAAUUAAUAAGUGAAGCUGGUACAAAUACAUCAUCUGGCUAUAAUUCAUGUGGUAAUGAAGGAAUAAUUAAAUCAAAAAGAGACUCAGAUACCCAAUCAUCUUCAAGUACAAGUGAUUCUGUUGAUUUGAAUACAUCAACAUAUAAAAAUAAUAAAACAUCUAAUUUAAAUAAUAGUAAUAAUGCAAAAAAAAUUAUAAUAAUAAAAGAAAAGAAAAAAUAUUAUGAUCCAGAUGAUGGUGAAAAAUUUCAUAAAGCUGUUAGAAAUGGUGAUACUGCUGUUGUUGUUGAACUUGUUGAAAAUGGAUUAGUUCAAGAUUUAAAUGAACCAGAUUGGAAUGUAUCUGGUGAUCCACCACUUCUUGUUGCUGCAACAAAUCAUCAUUUAUCAAUACUAAGUUUAUUAUUGGCAAAUGGAUGUGAUCCAGGUGCUCGUUCACCAAGAGGUGAAACAGCUCUUCAUCGGGCAAUAACAAAUGGUCAUAUUGGUGAUACACAUAAAUUUGUUGAAGAAUUAUUAAAUUAUGGAUGUUCAGCUGGUGUUAAAGAAGCUGGUGGUGGUUUAACAGCAUUACAUAUGUUAACAAAACAAUUAUCACAUGCACAAACUUUACGUGGUUUAUUGAAAAAUGAUUUUGAUGAAGCACUAAAGACAUUUGAACUACUUGCUAAAGCUGGAGCAGUUAAUGAUAAAGAUCAUCAGGGUAGAAGUGCUCUACAUAUACUUGCUUCAUCAACAGCAUUUGAUAAUAAUCAUAGACAAAAAGUUGAGUCACUUGUUAAAAUAUUAUUGGAUUGUGGUGCAGAUACGACAUUAAAAAAUGACAGAGGUGAAACACCACUUCAUGAAGCACUUGAAUUUGGUGCAUUAAAUACAGCUGAUAUUUUAAUAUCAAAAACACCAACUGGUUUAAUAUCACGUUAUGGUGAAAGUCCUCUUCAUAUUGCUGCUAAAAAAAAUCAUACUGAAAUUGUUGAUAAAUUAUUAAAACAUGGUGAAAAUUCAAGUUUACAAAAUACUGAAGGUAAUUCACCUCUUCAUUUAGCAUCAGCACGUGGUUUUCAUCAAAUUGUAUCACUACUUUUAACAUCAUCAUUAAAUGACAUUGAACAAUUAAAUGAUGAUGGUUUAACAGCUCUUCAAGUUGCUGCUGAAAGUGGAUUUGCAAAUACAGUUAAGGUAUUAAUAAAUUCUGGUGCUGAUCCAUCAGUUAUUGAUUGUACAUCAACAGUUAUACAACAUCGUCAUCCUGAUAUAUCUAAAAUUAUUCAUAAUGAACUUACGAGACGUCAACAACUUGCAACUUAAUUAUCAUUUAAUUAACAUUUUAUUUUUUAAAUAGUAUUAAUUCAAUUUUUGUUUUUUUAAUUUUCUUUUAUUGAUGGGAAAAUGGUGGGAACUCGUGGCUUUCAGCAACUCGAGGUUUUAAUUACAGUGUCGGUUACUCAAUAAUUUCGCAUCGAUAUCCAAUAACACUUGGCAAUUCAAGCAAAUUCCUCAGAUACAUUUUUUUGUUUUUUUUUUUUUCAUUUAAUUUAUAACGACAAAAUGCUUACUAUUUAAUUUUUUUCCCAUUUGUUAUUUUAAUAUUUUUUUAAAUAAAAAAUAAACAUUUUAAAUUUAAAUUCAUGAUAUUAAUUUUUUAUAAAUAAAAAAUUUAUACUUAUAAAAUCAAAAUUAAUAAAUUAAAAAAAAAAAAGUAAAUAAGAAAAAAAAUUGUGAUAAAAUACAUGAGCCAUGACCAUAAAAAAAAAUAACUGUAAUAAUUUUUUUUCUUUUUUUUCGACAAAUUAAAGAAAAUCGUAUGAUUAUUGUUUAAAAAAAAAAAAAAAGAAUUAUGAUUAUUUAAUGUAUGAAUUAAAAUGACAUUACUCUUUGGUAACUUAUUUACAUUAAUUUAUAUUUUUUUGUAUAAAAUAAUAAUAAUAAUAAUAUGCUAAA